AUGCAAGGACGAGAUGACGCCAGGCAGGAGGACCUUACCCACCACGAGGAGCGUGAUAGCAAGAGACAGAUUGCUUAUAGAGAAGAAUUUGAGAACAAGGAGGCCUCAGGCGCUGAUGAGUCUCCCGAAACUCAGCGGCCAUAUCAGAAUCAAAACUACCAGAGAGCUCUGUCCGACUCCCAAGACACCGAUGACAUGGAGGCCGAGGAGCGGGAGGCUGUCUACCCAGGAUAUCCAAGUGGUUCAAAUACGUUGUCCUAUUCGCCUGAUGAAGGAUCCUUUUCCUCCAACGAGUUGCUCUCCUGGUUUCCCUCUCAUGACCUCACCAAUUCCCUGCACAUAUUGCAUACACUGUCCUCAGACGGUGACGAGACGGAGAUGCAGAAUGAUGACCCUCGUCCGUUGCCUCCCUCUAAUGAAACAACACCUUACUUCCUAACCCCCAUCUACAAUCCCAUCGACCCCACUUGUAAGAUCUUACAAUAUGCCUGGAACCAUACGGCCUUGCGCAUGACCCUUGCAAGCUACUGUGUGGUCAUGUCUUCGGUGAGAAAUGUAUUAAGCGCUGGUUUCACGAGCAUAGCACUUGCCCGUUAUGUACAGAGAAGAAUUAUGCGAUGGUGA